UUAAUGUCAGAUAUGGAGACCUUUCUCUUCACCUCCGAAUCUGUAAAUGAAGGUCACCCUGACAAGAUCUGUGACCAGGUUUCGGAUGCCAUCCUUGAUGCUUGUUUGGAGCAAGACCCGGAGAGCAAGGUUGCCUGUGAGGCCUGUACAAAAACCAACAUGGUUAUGGUCUUUGGUGAGAUCACAACCAAGGCAAAUGUGAACUAUGAGAAAAUAGUUCGAGACACUUGCAGAGGCAUUGGGUUCGUUUCAGCUGAUGUCGGUCUUGAUGCUGACAACUGCAAAGUUCUGGUCAACAUUGAGCAACAGAGCCCUGAUAUUGCCCAAGGAGUUCAUGGUCACAUGACUAAAAAGCCUGAGGAAAUUGGUGCUGGUGACCAGGGACACAUGUUUGGCUAUGCCACAGAUGAAACACCUGAGCUAAUGCCACUUACUCAUGUCCUUGCUACUAAACUUGGUGCCAAGCUCACUGAAGUUAGAAAGAACAAAACAUGCCCAUGGGUGAGACCUGAUGGAAAAACUCAGGUUACUGUUGAGUACAAGAAUGAUAAUGGAGCCAUGAUCCCGAUUCGUGUGCACACUGUCCUCAUCUCAACACAACAUGAUGAAACUGUCACCAAUGACAAGAUAGCCAGCGAUUUGAAGGAGCAUGUAAUAAAACCUGUCAUCCCAGCUAAAUACCUUGAUGACAAGACUAUCUUCCACCUCAACCCUUCUGGUCGUUUUGUGAUUGGUGGACCCCAUGGAGAUGCAGGGCUAACUGGCCGUAAGAUCAUCAUUGACACCUAUGGUGGUUGGGGUGCUCAUGGUGGAGGUGCCUUCUCCGGCAAGGACCCAACCAAGGUCGAUAGGAGUGGUGCAUACAUUGUUAGGCAAGCAGCGAAAAGUGUGGUAGCUUCAGGGCUUGCUCGACGCUGUCUUGUGCAGGUUUCUUAUGCAAUUGGAGUCCCAGAGCCACUCUCUGUUUUUGUAGACACCUACAAAACAGGAAAGAUUCCAGACAAGGACAUAUUAGCUCUGAUUAAGGAAAAUUUUGACUUCAGGCCAGGAAUGAUUGCCAUCAAUCUUGACCUCAUGAGAGGAGGCAACUUCAGGUACCAGAAGACUGCUGCUUACGGACAUUUCGGACGUGACGAUCCUGAUUUCACUUGGGAGACGGUGAAGAUGCUCAAGCCCAAGGCUUGA